AUGUCGAGUAACGGUGACGUAUCAAUGGUGGAUGAGGACGAAGAACUCACGCACGCCGAUGAUUUGACUUUGGGUGGUCUGCCGAAGCUGGUCAUUCUUCCGGGCGCCUCUACUCAUGCUGCUUCAUUCCAAAUUGAAAAGGAAGAUCACACACUAGGCAAUGCCUUACGGUAUUUUGUCAAUAAAAAUCCUGAUGUUGAAUUUUGCGGAUACACCAUCCCCCAUCCCUCCGAGACAAAGAUGAAUAUUCGCAUUCAGACUUGGGAGGAUACCCGGACGACAGCGGUUGAUGCCCUGCGAAAAGGACUCGUUGACAUGAUGGACGCUUGCGAUGUGAUUUCCGAAAAGUUCACCCAAGCACGAGACGAAUUUGAUGCAAAGAAAGCCUAA